AUGCCCAUUCGGUUACUGUCUCUCUCGCUGCCCAUUCUAUUGCUGGCGACGUCUGCUGCGUUCGCGGUAAGUUCCCUCCAUUCUUCAUAAUUACAUUGCUAUGUUCGUUCGUUCGUUCAUUCCGGCUAGGCUAUCCACGGCAAAUUAUUAUGUUUAUUUAUUACCCAAUCGCCAAAACAACAACAAUAACGCGAAAGCGCGCCAUAGAUUGUCCGAAUAGAUCAGAAAGCUAGAGAGAGAGAGAGAGAGAGCGCGUCGAUUGAAACACAAAAACGUUCACACACUCUAGGAUUUAUACGAUUUUCAGCAACUCAACGAUGGCGCCGCGUCCUUCGGAGACGCUCCCCACUCCCACCGACGGCUCUACGGCAUCAGAAGACUGAGGGUAACCGCCCAGGAGGCUUGGAAUGUCUCAUCUGAAUUCUGAAAGCGCUUACAGAUGUUGCGUCCGAUCCCACAGACAGUCGAGCACUCGCCGACCCAUCAGUUCGUCGACCGCCGCCGUCAACCGGCUCGCUUCUCAUCCGAAGACUCCGAACAGGUCAGUCACCCUCACAAGGGCAAAAACGUGUUCCUGACUCAUUGUCCUUCAUGCCCAUUCUGACGUAAUCGUGUGUGGAGGAGGGCCGGGCCGAACGGAAGAAUCAUCAUAAAGAUUGCCAACCGAUACCAUACGAUUUGUUGAAAGAAGCGACCGAAAAACGACAUGUGUGUGUGUGUGUGUAUUCCGACGUGUUCGAAAGGGUGUGUGUGUCUGGGAGACAAUGUGUGGCAUCGCAUCCACGCAGAGUUUCGGAAUGUGUCCCUCCUCACACAUGUAUCUCGAAAUCGAAACCGCAAAUUCUGGUUUGCAAGCCUGAAUGCCCUCGGUCACGCACGCAAAAGGGAAUCGAGACACAAUCAAUUUCGGGAGCGGCUAGCGGCGGAAAACGAAAGUGCUGCAAAGCCGGCGGCGACCUCUCGCUCGCUCGCUCUCGCUUAUCUCGCUUUUGUUUCAAAGUCGGCCUCCGAAAAGAGAAAGCAACAUUCCAGGAUCAGGCGUUUGUGCCUCGUGCCGUCGCACCGCCGAGAGCCGCCCGUCCCGCAGUCACGUCCGUCGAAUCGGCCGAAACCGAGAGCGUGCCGACCACGUACAUUGUGCAGACGCCGACGCGAUUCGGGAAAAGUCUGGACGACGCGCGGAGGAAGAGAAUUGAGGCGAGAUGGAAGAGACUGGGCAUCAACUUCAAGAAUAUCAACCAUCCGCUUCUCAGCAAUGUAUGACAUCACUCUGGCCUUUGAUUGUAUUGAAAACAAUUGCAGGAAGCGGAAGAGACUGCCCCGCACUCUGGCCACCACUACACCAUCCGUCAGUUGAACGCGCCGAAGAAGACGGAAAAGAUGGUGGAAGUGCACAGACCGACGAUUCAAGAGCCGAUCCUGCACGUGGUGAACCCAGUGGAUCAAGGUGAGUUGUCUGCAGUGCCAGUCAGAUUCCUAUGUGAUUGUGUUCGAUGUCUGAUCGCUUCCUUUCUUUCUCUCUCUCUGUCGCUUCUUUGUACCCGUCAAUGCUUUAGGGUUUGAAGUUCCUCCGGAGCCCCAGCCCCAACCGAUUCCUGCCGAGUUGCCGCCUUCCGGAGACUACCAUUCGCGCACGAAACCGAUUUUGAAAGGAGUCAAGUUUGUGCAAGAGAAGUUGUCCGUCCGCCCUCGGUUGAGGAUCCGUCGUCCUGGUUGGUGUCUCUCUUUCCGCUUGGGUUCUAUCUCGCUCUUUCUGUUUCUUUCCGUCUACUUACACACCCUUCUCUUUCAGGAGAGAAGGUCGAACUCCCACUGCCCGAAGAUCCGAACCUGACACCGUUCAUGAACAGUGCUCGCGCCAAGUUCGGAUACGGUACUGUGCCGACAGUACCUCCGCCGGUCACCUCGACCGUCUACGUGCCGCCAACGACGGCGUCUCGUCGCCCAACGACCACCACAACCACGGCUGAGCCAGUAAUCGAAGAGUCAUUCGGAAUCAGCCCGGGAGAAGAUUCUGGAAUCAUUGAGACCGGAGACUCGGGAGUCGCGCCACCAGACUCUGGCGAUUCUGGAGCUGGCUUCGGAUUCGGCCCAUCUGAGCUGCCGCCAGAGUUCCAGAACGUUGGAUUCGGAGUCGGAGGCGGAGACAAUGGGUUCAACUUCAAUGUGCCAGCGGACAAGAUGGAAGCGAAAAAGGAGGAGACCACCGCCGCUCCGACUACCACGGCAACCACUCCGAAGCCGAAGCGUGCUGUUCAAAGGUUCGUUCACACGCUCUGAAUCUUUUCAUUAUCCUCAUCAUUUAUCAUUCUAGAAAGCAGCCAAACGCAGCCAUUGAUAAGGACGAUCCAGUUGUGAUCCCCCAGAACUCUGGUCUUCGUCCAGUUGCUCCACCAAAGGAGUUCGAUGGAGCCGGAGGAUUUGGAAGUGAGAUUCUGUUUUCUAGACGCAUCAUGCAUGAUAUCUAUUUGUAGGUGGAAGCGGUGGAGGAUUCGGUGGAGGAGGCGGAGGCUUUGGAGGAGGAGGCGGCGGUGGUUUUGGAGGUGGUGGCGGCGGAUUCGGAAGCGGAUCGCCGUUCGGAGGAGCACCUCCAGCACCCCCAGCAGGACCAGAUCCGGAUUUCGGAGGAGACACUGGCGCCGGACCGAGCGAAAAUGAAUACUUCACUGGUGACUCUGCACUGACCCGGUCGAAGGGACCAACUGGCGACGGAUACGGCCCGCCAAUCUUCCCCGGCGGAGCUGCUCCACCCCCAGUUCCGGCCGUCGGACUCGGCGGCGCGGCGGCAGGAAAGUCGCCGUACAGCGGACAAGUGGUCGACGUGACCGAGAACCCAGUGACCACGGUGAAGCCGUCGGCACUUCUGAGCGUGCUGAGCAAGGCCGACAUGGGCUUCAAUCAAGCCAUCGAUCACUUUGAGCACGGAACUCCGGUCGAGACUGCCGCCAUCGACAUUCUCGAGGUGGCGCUCGGAUCGCAGAAGUUGGACUCGCAGGCGAAACUUCUCGGACACGUGGACAGAACGAUCGGAUUGGACAACCUUCAGAGACUUCAGAGAUGGGCGAACACUGCCGGAGCGAUGGACGUCUUUAAGGAUCAGGUAACAACAUGAGCAAUGAAGAUUAUAUAAACGUCACAUCUCUCAACAUUUCCAGUUUUUGCGAUUCGCGAAGAACUUCCAACCGCCGGCCGAUCUCCUGCCCACCGUGCCUCCACAACUCGAGUAUCUGUUCAAAACGUCAGGAAAGUAA